CCUUCACUGCGGAACCCUGGGCACAUAAAUCGGCCAUUCGGUGACAACAAUAAGCGGGCAGAUCUCCGUCAGUUAUCCUCAUCAUGUCGGAUGUUUGGCAUCUCCAAACUACACUAGUGUGUUUAGACAACGGUGCGCGCGCGCAGCCGAUUGGACCACCGAUUUAAAGUAAACAGUGCUAUAAAGGUUACUCUAUGGUUACUUUGGACUGUGUUGUGUUUUAGCUAAUCGAAAAUGUUGGGUUCAAUGGUCAACGCGUCGGUGCUUGAAGCUAAUGUGACGUUAGAGCAAAUAGCUAGUGCCUUCAACCUGAACAUUACGACGUCGAAUGAGACUAAUGUGACAGGGGCUGUGACCCCUGAAAAGUUGUUCAGUCUUUACGAGGCCUACAGAGCGAGGGAGAUAGAACAGCUGAUGCUGUAUAAGUCGGUGGCCUAUGUCCUAGGCACUUUGAUCAUAUUGAGCAAUCUGACUGUCGUUAUAUCCAGUGGACUUAUUUUGAGAAAAGGUCAACAGCCGAAAAGCACUUAUCUGCUUCUAGGCAACGUUUCUUUAGCCGACACCAUCAUCGGCAUGUCCCUGAUCUUCGGCACCACCGUGGACAGCAUCGUCGCCUCUGACGUCAUGUGUUUAUUCCAAAUCGGUAUGAUCGUAUGUCCGACGAUGGUGUCCAUAUUUAGUGUGGGUUUCAUCGCCAUUGACCGGUACAUUUAUAUUAUACACGGAUUGUAUUACCAGAGAUGGAUAAACACUACCAGAGUCAGAAUCGGCAUUCUCAUUAUUUGGCUUGUUGGUCUGAUCCUUGGCUUCAUGCCGGCGACCGGAUGGGUCAACCAAGAACUCAAAGGCACCCGUUGUUCUUACAUAUCUGUGUUUCCCGGUGGGCUUAUUCUAAUAAACUCCAUUCUCAGUGUUAUACCAAUUGCUGUAGUAGCCGUGUUGUACGUAAAAAUACUAAUCCGUGCUCUUAGAAACUUUAAAACUAUUAACAACGCCAAGAAACAGAUCAACGUAAAAUCUAGUGAUAGAUUGAGAAUCUAUCGUGGUAACCUGAAUGGUAACAAGGUGGGCAACAUUAAUUAUUCAAACAAAUUCCCAGAUAAAAAUGGUCUAAGAAUCAACAGAAGUAGUUCUAUGUCAGAUGUGCAUCGUAUCAAAAAAGCUGAAGCUAAUAGGAUGCUUCCGUAUAAUGUUAAAGCUAAAAGUAUCGACGAACUUAAUUCCAGUGAUGAUAGAAGAGUAACUGCUGGUGAUAAUGUAGAGAGUAAACAAAACAACUUUGAUUCGAAACUGAGUAUACUCACUAUUCAUUCUGACUACAAUGACGGUUCUCGUAACAAUGUGUCCGCCUCAACUCUAAAACAAUCUCCAAAUAAAGUAAAACAAAUGUACAAUCGAGUAACCAAAAAGUUGAAUGGCGAUUACAAGUCUAAAGAACCCCGUAAAUUAAGAGCUGUUGCUAUAGUGAUGCUUACAUCUGGUAGUUUCAUAAUUACGUGGUUGCCAUUUUUUAUAGUUGUGUGCUUUUAUGUGUUUUGCACAAACAAAAUUGGAAACCUAGAAUGUAUCAGCCUGAAUGCUUUAUUAAGGGGCCCACUAGCAACAUUGGCGUUCCUGAACAGUAUUUUGAAUCCUUUAAUUUAUGCUUGGUGGCAUAGAGGUUUUAAAUCAGCACUGAAAUCAUACCUUAUACAGCACUGCUGCAAGAAAAAAUGUCUUAAGUAGAUCUCUAGAAGAUACGAUGUAUAUCUCUAAUAAUAUCCUUUAUUAAAACCCUUUCCAUGACUUCGUACCUACCUAGCUAUAUAGCUCUCUAUUAUUUAGUUAUUUAAAUAAAUUAUAACUAUAAUCUAGUUAUCUUAAAUAAGUAUCGAAGUAUAUUAAAAUGUAUUUAAUGUUUUGUUUAAUUUUUGUCUUCAUCUAGUUUUUUUUUCUUGCCAAUAUAGGUAAUAGGACAGGUCUGUGUAAUAGGUAUACUUAUUUACCUAACAUCUCACGCCACAAACACAAUUAAGUUUAAUAGGUACCUGAAAUGUAAUUUAAGUACAAGUAAAACAUGGCAGGUACCUACUUAUUUCGGCUCUUUCAGUGCAUGAUUUACAUAAAAUUACACUUUCUUAUUUCAGCGAUAUCCAUUGCAAGCUUGCCUGCCAUGGGGUGGACGGGGCUCACAUUCACCAACUACCGAUGCUGGUACAUUGCCGUUUUCCCACCAGCCCUGCUUGUCGUGGUCUCCAUUAUAUCAUUACUGGUAAUCAUCAUG